AUGGCUUUCUCAACUUUUUUCACAAUUGCAGCUUUGAUUGUUUUGGCUGAAUCUUGCAGUGAUUCAGGAUCAAAGUAAGUUCUGAGCUAAAUUCAAAAGUUUGAUAAUUUAUCAAAUAUUUUAGCUGUGCAAAUUGGGUUAAAAACGGAUUCUGUAAAUCCGCAUAUUAUACUUAUGCUCAAAAAUAUUCAUAUUGUGCAAGUUCAUGUGGAUAUUGUUCAUCAACAACAACAUCAUCAUCUUCAUCAUCUUGUUCUAAUUCUGCAUCAGCGUAAGUUUGAGAAUCCUUGAUGUAGAGCAAACAAUUUGGUAUUUUGAAAGUAUCAUUUGGAUCUCGCCAAAUUCUCGAGUCAGAUUGAAACAUCGAUAAAAUUAUAAAAUAAUUCAGAUGUUCAUCUUGGGCAGCAAAUGGUUUUUGCACAAGUACAUUCUAUACAACAGCUCAAAAAGCAGCAUAUUGUGCAAGUUCAUGUGGAUUAUGUUCAUCAACAACAACUGCAUCAUCUUCAACUUGUUCAGAUUCUGUAACAACGUAA